AUGCCACGUGCCGACGACCCAGCGAAGUUCCACGUCGAACAAUGUCUGCCGAGAGUCACCGCCGAGCACCCAGCUGCCACCGGAAGUCACAUUUCCACGCUCCGCUCAGCCGUCACUCAGGACUUUCGUGAGAUGGAAGCCAAAGUCGCCGAAAUUCGGAAUCACGUUGCCGCUAAUGAUGUCAUCGUGGAGAAACGCCUCACCGACAUGCAUGCUGCUCUUCGCAACGCCGAUGCUCUGUGCUCCAACCUCACUUCGCGACUCAAAAUCGUGGAGGACAAGCUGUCGUCUGUCACUCUUGAGGCUCCGGCCGAUGGAGCUCUUCGGGGAACAACAACCCCCAGCGGGGAGCCCAAUACCACCGGUCCCUGUACCGAUGGUCGGGUUCCUGUAACCGUUGCGGGGGAGGCUAACCCCUCAACCGUUUUAAAUCCAACCGCAAAUGAUCUAAAUAUUAGAGAAAGUUCAACCUUGAUAAUCAAGAAGAUUUACAGCAGUCAAACCAUCUGUCGAGAACAGAUGAUGCAAUCCUUAUCGCCGAUUCGGAUGAAGAUGAAGAAGAAGAAGAAUUCUUCGACGAGAUGCCUGUCAUCAACUCGUUGGGAGUGCGCUCACCAACGCUGGUCAAAGCUUAUUCCGGAGCAAUGGCUGACGAUUUCACUGGAUCCGUCAGGACUUUCAAUGAUCACUUGGAAGCUUCGGAUAAACCAGUCACAGAGAGACUGAAGGUAAGAAAGUUUUUAACUUUUCUUGAGGGCCGCGCCAGAAACAAGGCCGGUGAGAUUCUUGCAAAGAAUCAAGUCGUCAACUUCGAGGAGUUGGUCGAGGAACUUCGCAAGACAUUCGACAACGCUGUGCUCAUUCGUCACCGUGAACAGCAGCUCCGUCAGUGUGUGCAGAAGGAGAAGGAAAACGUCGAAUCAUUUUUCGAACGCGUCGAGAAGCUAGUCGCGAUGACUAGCAGUGGUAAGUCGAUUGACUACAUUCAGAGUACGGCUUUGCACACUUUCCUCGAAGGUCUUGGAGACCACAUCCAAUGGGAAGUCAAGGCGAAGCGUCCGCUUACACUUGAAGAAGCUUAUGAUGAAGCACUCAGUCAGGAGCUCUUGCAAGAUCAGAAGAUGCGAAAGCAGAUCGAGGAUCCAGUCGCAAAUGCCUUCUUCGCGAGACAUGGCUUACAGAAGAACAGCUUCGUUGGCAACUGCUACUAUUGCGGAAAACGUGGUCACACAGCCAACGAAUGCAGAAGAAAGAAGUCGGACGAGUCGCAGAAUGGAGAAAGACAAGAUCCUGUGAGCAAUCAGCGAAUCAAGAACGCGAGCAGUUCGGCUAUGGCUAUCAGCCAAAAUUCAACGGAUAGUUCCAGCUCUUCGUCGUCAAUUGGCCAUGCAGAACGAUGAUCCGUACAGUUCCGACGAGUCCACUGAAGCUUUAAGCUUAAGCUGCCAGAAACCGAAGGAGGACCCCACUCCGCAGCAAGCUUCCCAUUCUACUCGUCAUGGUUUCAUCACCGCUCAAGUGCCAAUUCGUGCUAAUGGAAUGCCGCAGUCAGCUCUCAUCGACACUGGAGCUCACAUCACCCUGGCAUCGCGGAGUGUGUGCAAGAUUCUGGGAAUCUCACAGCUCAAAAGCUCAAAGCGCAUCAACACCGUUGGACUCGGAGGAAAUGCUGUGAAGUUAGCUGGAGUCGCAUCGGUCACAUUUCGGAUCGGGAAAAAGUUGAUCGAACACUUGGUCCAUUUCACCGAAGGAAGAUGCACUCCAGAGGCCGACAGAAGCUACUCGUUCAUCUUUGGAAAUGACAUUUUGUCGAAGCUUCCUCCGUUUGCGUUCAACUACAAGGAAAAUCAAUUCCACAUUGGAGAUGACACUCUGCCAAUGGGACGUAGAAGAAGUCACGGAAAACGAGUCGAUAAUCAGUGCUCCGUGGCUCAGUUAAUCCAGCGAGAAGACGUCUUGCUGAUGGUCGAUUCGCAAUUCGCGGAAGGUUCAAGCACACCGGCGAUCAUCAUGUCAAGCAUUGCCGCAUGCUCCAUGUCAAUCCCGAUCGAGAAGGACGUCGACUCGGAAGUCAAUCAGGUGGGCAACGAUGCUCAUCGGGCCACAUCAGAAGAGAAUGCAUCGUCAUCCACCCACAUGGCUAGACGAAAACGAUCGAGAGCUCUUCGGCACGCAAGGCUUGGACAAUCGGCCGGGACCCAGUGCCCAGCCGGUCCAAGUCGCCGUCGAGCAAAUUUUAAAUGAAA